UGUCUCUCCUCUCCCUCUCUCAUUUCUUCCCUUUCUCUUCUUGACCAAUUUCGUAUCGAUUGCAGCAUGGAGUUUGUAGCUGUACCCCUUUAAAGUACACGCACAUCGAUUUAUACGGACAUCUAUCGCAACCUCAUUGCAUCGCGUACAGCGGCAAUCCCGUCUUAGCUAUGUCCUACUGCUAUCUGAUCCAAGGAAAAUGUCUGACACUGCGAAAUGAUCUUCCCUACGAAAUGCAAUACGUUUGCGAGCUCGACUGCAAACCCAUCUGUAUAUCACCUUGCCCGCCCUGCAAAGUUUCCUGUGAUCCCCAUGGCACCCCUUGUCCACCGAUCACUGGAUGUCCCACUUAUUCAAAUACGAAGUCCUGUGAGCGUCAAGCGCAAUCCUAUCCACCUGCCCAACCUGCGUCGCUAUGUCAACCUAAUUCAGAAACGAUGUACCAGGGAGCAAUGUGUCAACCAAAUGUCCAAAGAAACGAAUUGAAUCCGCGAGUUUGACAAUACGUCAAGUUACGAGAUAUUCAUGUGAUAUGAAGAUUUAUGAGGACCAUUUUUGUAUGGCGAGUCAUUAAUCUUGCCAUCAAUUGAAGUCUGUCUUUACUAGUUUUACUACUAUUUUAUUCCAUUUAUUUUAUAGUUGUAUACUAUUGAACAUAAUGUACACAUUUGUGAGAAUAAAAAAUAUAU